CAGCACAGUCGCUGGCAGAGUCAGCACAGAACAAAAUUUUGUAAAAUUGAAUGACACUGAGCCGGGACUGAACGUAACAACUUAUACUUGUUGCUUCUGGCUGGAUUCUCUGCCCUUUGCCCGAACGCUGAGGAUUCUGCUAGCUGUUCCGCCCUGGGUUAAUUAUAGCUAUAAAAUUUCGUGACCAGCAAGCAGAAACCGGACGACUUCUCCAGGCACGUAAGACUACACUUCCCAGAAAGGAUUGCGAUAGUCUUCUACUGUUUAGUUUCUUUUUCCUAUCGUCAAAUUUCCGGGUUAUGUAGGCGGUGCCAAAAUAAUUAUCCAAUGAGCAACUUCGUAGGCUGAGCGGGCAGGAUAAUUGUUCAAUGAGCGGCUCGGAAGAGGAACCAAUAAGCGGAGAGGUUGCUGGGGCAGCCGGCGUGGGCGGUGUCACCGAGCCGCGCCAGCUGAGCCAGGUGGAGCCCUACCAUCCUCUCUUGCCUUCUGCCUGUGAUUAGCGCCGUCCCCCACCGCCGGUCGACCCCGCUUCCAUGUCCCUGGCGGACACAGCUCCCCGGAACCUCCACGCCCAUGGCCACUAGGCAGAGGGAGUCCUCUAUCACCUCCUGCUCUUCCGCCUCGAGCUGCGACGCGGACGACGAGGGCGUGCGCGGCACCUGCGAAGAUGCUUCCCUGUGCAAGAGGUUGCAUUCUUUAGGGGGUUGGCAUGAUUCCUGUUGUGCACCUGAAACUCAUGACGACGAAGGGAAAUAACCCGCCCAGAGCCAGGUUUGCAGUAAGCAUUGGCUACUGGCAUGACCCUUACAUCCAGCACUUUGUGAGACUGUCUAAAGAGAGGAAGGCCCCCGAAAUCAACAGAGGAUAUUUUGCUCGAGUCCAUGGUGUCAGUCAGCUUAUAAAGGCGUUUCUACGGAAGACAGAAUGUCAUUGUCAAAUUAUCAACCUUGGGGCAGGCAUGGAUACCACCUUCUGGAGAUUAAAGGAUGAAGAUCUUCUCCCAAGUAAAUAUUUUGAGGUUGACUUUCCAAUGAUCGUCACAAGAAAGCUGCACAGUAUCAAAUGCAAGCCUCCCCUAUCCAGCCCCAUUCUAGAACUGCAUUCAGAGGACACACUUCAGAUGGAUGGACACAUACUGGAUUCAAAGAGAUAUGCCGUUAUUGGAGCCGAUCUCCGAGACCUGUCUGAACUGGAAGAGAAACUAAAGAAAUGUAACAUGAAUACACAAUUGCCAACACUCCUGAUAGCUGAAUGUGUGCUGGUUUACAUGACUCCAGAGCAGUCCGCAAACCUCCUGAAGUGGGCAGCCAACAGUUUUGAGGCAGCCAUGUUCAUAAACUACGAACAGGUGAACAUGGGUGAUCGGUUUGGGCAGAUCAUGAUUGAAAACCUGCGGAGACGCCAGUGUGACCUGGCGGGAGUGGAGACCUGCAAGUCAUUAGAGUCACAGAAAGAACGGCUCCUGUCGAAUGGGUGGGAAACAGCAUCGGCCGUGGACAUGAUGGAGUUGUACAACAGGUUACCUCGAGCUGAAGUGAGCAGGAUAGAAUCACUUGAAUUUCUGGAUGAAAUGGAGCUGCUGGAGCAGCUGAUGCGGCAUUACUGCCUGUGCUGGGCAACCAAAGGAGGAAAUGAGCUCGGGCUGAAGGAGAUAACGUAUUAAUCUGUUGAAGGCUUAUGCCGAGCCAGAAGCGGAAGCCACUCGCCCUCCUGGAGGUACCUGCGAGCUCCCUGCGCGCUGGGCGGGCCUCGUCCGCGGGUCUCAUCCCACACGCUGAGGAGCCUCGAUCACUACAGUGGUCGCACAUGUUCCUCUUCCUGUUCCUGUUGACAUGUCAGUGUUUAAAUAAAUCUCACUUGCCACCAGU